UUAUGCUAUUGCGUAUUUAACUUUUCCUCGUUUCUAAUUAACAAAAUAUAAAAUAUAAUGCUAGUGCAGAAGACUUGAAGGAAAAGGUGACUGUAAUACUAUGGGAAUACGUUUGGACUAUUGGUUUUCCAUAAAUAUUUCAAUAUUGAUUAUUCUGACAUUAGCAUUGACUGAAACCAGCUGCGAUAGCAAGAAGGGAAAAACGCCACUUAAAUGCUACCAGGAAUUUCUUUGGAGAGAAACCUUUAAAAACUGUUCAGGUUGUAAGCCUGGGUUUUACGGUAAUAAUUGCAGUCGAUCUUGUAAGUAUCCUCAUUUUGGAGCUGGAUGUCAGCAUGUGUGCAAAUGUCCUGAGGAAGAAUGUGAUUUUUCUAUUGGAUGUUCAAACAAGACAACGACCAUGUACGUCAAAACUUCCGUUCUCAUGUCAGCGAUGGAAAAAACGACUAUUAAGAUGGAUAAAAAGACUGGUGAAAUGGAUAAUAAGACUGUUGAGGUGGAUAAAAAGACCUUUGAGAUGGUUAAUAAAACUACUGAGAUGGAUAAAAAUACUGUUGGGAUGGAUAAAAAGACUGUUGAGAUAAGCAAACCUAAAGAAACCUUGUUCCAUGGCAUAUUAGGUACACUGUUUAAUACAAAUAGCAUGUCAAUGAUGGUUGUUUCUGUAGUUAGCUUGAUUUUGAUAGCACUUAUGUUCGUUUUCGCGUAUAAACUGAUACGUAAAAAAUGCUCACUAAGGCGUAUAUUCAAUUGUCAUCAUAAAGAAAAAAUUCCUGAUGACAGCAUGCAUGAACCAGUACAUUAUGAAGAAAUUCUAAAUAUAACAGUUUUAUCUACGGUAGAAAGUCAUGAAUCAUUUCAUCAAUCUAACAUUGACUAACUAAAACGAAAAUGUUAGAAUAGGUUUGCAAGCCAUCAGUUUAA